UGUGCUGUGCCGGAGUGAGGACGUGUGACGGCGCGUGUUUGUGUGUUGACUGCCGGCAUGGCUUGUGUGUCCCUCGGGCUCCGCGCCAGGACCCGGCUGAGGGAGGCACUGCUGGGGGUCGCUCUCGUGUUCUUUCUCAACGUCGCCGGAGUGUGUGCGAAUAGUGGGAGGAAUGGCACUCUCCAGAAAUCCACGUGUAACCAGCCAGACUGUCUUCGAUGCGACCUCGAGACGGCUGAGUGUGUCAAGUGUUUGUACGUGAUCAUGGCCAACACGCGCCAGUGCCGGUCUGCUUGCCCGCCGGGCCACGCCACAACAUGGGCCACUCAUCACGCGCUGAUGGGGCGUGUCUGUACAGAGCGAAGUGUGCUUGCUCUGGUCUCCGGGCGUGACGUGACGAUCAUCGCCGGGGCAGCCGUGGGCGGGGCGGUCUGCGUGGGCGUGGUGAUCGGCGCCCUCCUCUACAUGCGGCGCCGAACGAAACCGCCGCCCGACAACCCCCGCGUCGACUACCGCCACCACCGCUACCCGAUCCCGAGACUGUGGCGGGACAAGAGACCGAAGGCUACAGAGGUGUCCGUGGCCGACGAGGAGCGAGAGGAGUUCCUGAAGCAGCUGGCCACGCUGAGGGGAGAGGCCGGGAACUUCCUCGAGAUGCUGAGCGAGACGAGGAACCGCUUCCGGAGGCUGGGAGGACCCGACUCGGCCACCGAUACGAGGGCGAAGGCGUACAGGGCGGUGGUGCGCGAUCUCUCCCGUGUGCUGACGCUGCUCAACCGGCGCGAGGAGCACAUCGUCACGGUUCCCGGGGACUGGCGGCGGCUGCUGUCGUGGGCCGCGAGAGUGCUGGCCCGAUACAAGCGGCAGAAGGCAGCUAAGGAGGCGGGAGACAUCACAACGCUCGAGCCCCUGGCCACCGGAACCUUGUACCAGACCCGGCGUCAGGCCCAGGCGGAGCGGUGUCGCUUGGUGGCGUUGGGGGGGCAGUGCUCAGCCCCCUUCCAGGACCCCCCCACGCCCAGGGUCACUGAGGUCCAUCCCCCUGCGUAUAGAGAAACAACUCCAUGCAGCCAGCUUAGCUCUCGGUCGGCAUCGCUGAUGAGUCUGACCCACAUCCUCGAGGAAGAGGAGGAAUACGAAGCGGCAGAUAACCAUGACGAUGUUUUGUUCUCGGAGAACGAGGAGCAAGAGCAGGAGGACGUGAAAUUAACCCCUGGCGAGAAGGACGACCUUACUGUUGCCGACAAGGGCCUGAAGAAGCAGGACUCGUCCGAAGUGGAUUAUGGCGUCGUCAACGAGAAACUGCUGACCGAAUCGAAGUUCGUAAAGGAAAACAACAACAACAUCACAAAAAAUCUCAGCGACCUAACCAACAACAUUGUCAACAUUGAGAACUUUCGACCUCCUUCCAACGUCUCUGAAAACAUAAACAACCUGAAGAACCUCGAGCACCUGCGCGAGAUGGCACCCGUGUUCAUCCAGACCAAAGAAAACAUCGCUCAGGACCAAGAGAAGAAACACGCCUUCAACAACAACGAAAUCCUGACGAAGGAAAACAUCGCGCCGACGCAUAAGGCUAUCACUGACCUCCAGACACUCUACAAAGAGAAGAUCAACACCACCUUGACCGGCGAGGACGUGUACAUCAACGUCAUCAGGAAGCCUGUGGUGACGGGGCUCCUCCUCGGCGGCGACCCCUACCGAGACGACACCAUCGAGAGCGCCGAGGACCGCGCGCCGAGGCUGCACGUGCCGAGAAGCGUUCCGCCGCGCUCGUGCAAGAUCCAGAUGAACCGCCGGCUGCCGCCCCCGAAGUGCGAGCUGACGACUGAGUUGUAACGGAAGAGAGAGAAAUGAGCGUUUAGCUGAAAUUUGAGCCACUGAAAUGGAAUAUCUCGAGAUUUUAGGAAUUGUUUAUAACUACUCUGAUGUCAGAGGUUUGACUCUAACUAUAACAAUACACUUCCAGUACAAACUGUGCGUCACGGGCUACAGCUCAAUUUUUUUUUAAAUAACCCAUUCUUUUGUGGGACUGCUGAUUUGUAAAAUAAAACAAGAGUUAUACUUCUCUAUGUAAAUAGCUGCUAUUUCUAAUGUUUGGUAGAAUCCCUUUAACAAAUGCCCUGUAAAUCUACUUAUAAGAACUAAUAUUGUUUUACAUAUUGAUUAUCAAUGUGUGGCGACGCCACGUUUUUCAUUAGAGAUUAAGUUUUGUCACAGUUAUUUCAUUUUGAAUUUUAAGCUCAGGCAUGUUUAUUUUUAUACGAUAUAAUUCAUGUUUUUUUCGCAUUGAACGUCAACGAUUCUUCUGUGUUUUCUGAUGUUCAUGUUAACUGAAUCAUACUUUUUCUUGUUUCU